AUGCCGGCCCGUGUUGUAGAACGGGAUCUUAAAACGCGGCUUGGUGGCAUCGUCGAGAGCUUCUUCACGAACCUCACACCGAGUGAAAAGGAGUUAUUUGUUGCAACUACAGUUGUAGAGAAUCUACUAUCCGAUAUUCAAGAUGCAGAACGACAGCACAAGUCGAAAAGUACCAGCCGAAAGGUUUCGGCGGCGCUGAAACCAUUUGUUGCGGGUGUUGAGCAGUAUGCGUCUUCUUUUGAUGUAAUCGCGAAUUGCAGCACCAUGAUCCUAUCGCCACUAUGGGGUUCAUUCCGGAUCGUUUUGCUUCUUGCGAAAGAGUAUUCCGAGUAUUUCGACAAGAUCUCGGAUAUGAUGGAAAUAAUGGGACUUCAUCUCUCUCAACUUCGGCGCCUACCGCAUCUGUUUCCCAAUAAUGAGCAGCUGAAAUCUUUCAUGGUGGAAGUAUACCAGAUCAUGUUUGAAUUCUGUUCCAAGGCCAGAAGUGUGUUUAUUCAAGCAAGCGAGAGGAAAGGGAAGAAUCAUCUGCGUGCCCUCACACCUGUCGGCAUUUCGACCAUGAUCAAGCUCAUUUGGAAACCGUUCAAAAUCCAGUUCGGAGAACUUCGGACCAGACUGAGUGAGUGUAUGAUCAAGAUCGACCACGAGAUCAAUCUCGCGGAAAAGGAGGAAGCGCACGCGGAGCGAGUUCGAGCUGCUCAAGAACGCAUGCUUCAAGGAAGCCGCUGGGAGCAGACUGAACGUAUCCACACCAAGUGGCAGGGUGAGGUAGAGGAAAAUGCGAUGGAAAGGGUAAUUAAAUGGCUUGCACCUGCCGAUGUUACCAGCAACCAGAAUGCCUCAACAAAGCUUCGAUACGGUAACACGGGCUCGUGGUUCCUAGAUGGCAAUGUGUUCCAGACAUGGCUCGAAAACAACAAGUCACCACUAUUUUGGCUGCAUGCAAUUCCUGGCGCUGGAAAAACUGUUCUUACAUCGAGUGUCAUCAACUACAUCAAGCAUGAAUUUCAAUCAGAUGAGGUUGGUCUUGCAUAUUUCUACUGCGAUUACAAGGACCCUAUGAAGCAGGACCCGGCAGUCGUACUGCGAACACUACUCAGCCAACUUAGCAGCCAAAACAUUGCGGUGUUUCAGAAUGUUCAGAACUUUUUCAAGGAGCAGUACAAGGAUGAUCGGACAGCUAACAUGGUACCACCGUCAUUGGACCUGGUGUACAUUGUUAUUGAUGCUAUUGAUGAGUGUCAAGAUCGGGAAUGCAUAUUGAACGCCAUUUCAGCAAUCGCUGACUCGCUCGAGCACGUCAAAAUUUUCGUCAGCUCUCGGGAAGAUCCGCUAAUCAACGAGGAAUUUAGAGGUUUCCCUGAGCUCAAGAUGAGAGCCCAACAUGUCUCGGCAGAUAUUGGAAGCUAUAUAAAUGCAAGAUUGGAUGAGAGGAUUGCCUCAAAAAAACUCAAAGUCAGGGACGACGAGCUUCGAAAGGAAAUAUCGAACACCUUGGUCGACAAGGCUGACGGCAUGUUCCAAUGGAUAAAUUGCCAAAUCGACCACCUCUGCAAGUUUAAAACUCACAACACCAUUCGGGAAGCCUUGAAGUCUUUACCCAAGACGUUAGAGGACACAUAUCUUCGAAUCCUCCAGUCCAUUGACGAAGAUUACGCCGAAACCGUCCGAAUGCUCUUGAUGUGGCUUGUUCGUGGAGCGCGAGAACUGACGCUCAAAGAAUUGGCAUCUGCCAUUGCUAUCGAUCCCCGUGCGGAAAACGAAAACCUCGAUAUUGAUGACCAAAUGGAUCCAGAGGAUAUUGUGGGGCUCUGUAGCAGUCUUCUGGUUGUCUCUGAUGAAAACAAAGUGUCUCUUGCUCAUUUCACCGUUAAGGAGUUUUUAACUUCCCCAAGACUGAAACAAACAAUGGGAGGGUACUACAUUGGCGAUGACGACGUACAUACAGAACUUGCAGAAGUAUGUUUGACUUAUCUAGGGUACCGAGACUUUGAUCGCAGGCCAUUCGCAUCUGUUGAUGAGGUGGUCUCUUUUCUGGAUCAAUUCGGCUUUCUAGAAUAUGCAUCCAAGUCGUGGGCCAUCCACGCACACAAGGCUACACCCUCCGAGAACUUGAUUCACGGCCUAAUUGAACAGUUGUUCCAUUCUAGUGCCAAGAAUCGAUCUAAUUACGAUCUGUGGCUGCAAGUCUACCACUUGCAAUAUCGACGAAACACCCUUAAUAUGGCCACCCCAAUCCAUGCCAGUCCAUUAUACUAUGCAUCUCUAUUUGGUCUUCCAAAAGUAGUCGAAUCCCUCCUUGACCAAGGUGCGGAGCCGACAUUAGGAAAUGACAAAAAAGAUGAUCCUCUUUUUGCCUGCGCAACGGAAGGACACGCUGACGUGAUCGAUAUUCUUCUCGAGCGUUGUUUCGAGGGCGAAGCUAAGGACAAAUUAGGUCGUUACUUGUACUCAGCAGCAUCAAAGGGUCAUGGUAAAGCCGUUGAGGUUUUGUUGAAGUGGGGAGCACCGAUUGAAAGCAAGGGUGGUAAAUACGGUACGCCCUUGCAAGUCUCUGCUCUUGAAGGCCAUGUGGGUUGCGUUGAUGUUCUUCUCAAGAGGGGCGCUAAUCUCAGGGCUGUCGAUACACGAUUUGGUAUGCCGUUAGCUGCUGCCGCUGAGAAGGGUCAUCGUCAGGUCGCACAGCUGCUAUUAAAUUCUGGUGCGCCUGUCAACGGCCGAGGGGGCUGGUACUCAACCCCGCUAGUUUCUGCAAUAGUUGGAAAAGACGACUCAAUAAUCCAUAAGAUGCUGGACAAUGGUGCAAAUGUCAAUAUCCAAGGAGGUCGACACGACUGUGCAUUGAUGGCAGCCGCUGCGCUGGGAAGGAUUGAUCUGGUGAAGAAGCUGAUCGACCUGGGAGCUAAAGUCAACGACGAGAAUGAUAAAGGCGCGGAUGCUUUGCACUCGGCGUGCUGCGCUGGCAGACUCGAUGUGGUCGAGCUUCUGUUGGCUUCAGGAGCGGACGUCAAUGCCAAAGGAGGUAAGCAUCGAAAUGCUCUCAAUGCAGCAAGCGCGGAGGGACAUCUAGCUAUUGUUCAAAGAUUAUUAGCGGCUGGUGCAGACCCACAUGCUACCGAUCCACAUUAUGGCAAUUGCCUACAAGCGGCUGCCUUUUCUGGCCACAAAGACAUCGUACGUGUUCUGGCAGAGGCUGGAGUCGAUGUGAACAAGGAAGGCGGGGUUCGAGGUACAGCACUCGUCAGUGCCGCCUCAUCUGGAGAUAUAGAAAUGAUCGAUCUCCUGCUUAAGCUAGGCGUGCCGACAGGGAGCACAGAAGACACUUUAAAUGCCUUGGCCAUCGCAACCUGGAAACAGAAUGAACCUCUGAUACAACAUAUGCUCGAUCUCGGGGCUGAGGUUGACUCGUCAGAUGACUUUGCGCAAGUCAAACAGGAGAACUGGACUCCCCUGAGCAUUGCUGCUUUCAAAGGAAACAUAACCUUGGUAGAGAUGUUCUUGGGCCUUGGAGCAGACGUGAAUGCUGAAGCCGGAGUUCACGGAACAGCACUAAUAGCUGCAAUUGACAGCGACCAUUGCAACCACAAGGUCGUAGAGGCACUUCUUGCUGCUGGGGCAAAUUUCAACGAGGGAGUGGACCCAGAAGAUGGAACUCAUGCAGGCAGUGCUCUUGUUGCUGCUGUUAGGAGAGCAGACGUCAAAGCUAUUACCAUUCUGCUGGAUUACGGUGCGGACGUCAAUAUGGUCAAUGAUAGCCUAUAUUCUCCGCUGAUGGAUGCUGUAAACAUGCCCAACGAUACUUUAAUAGAUUUGUUGAUAGAAAGAGGAGCGGAUGUCAAUCUGACUAUUGACCCAUAUUAUGACAUAUCAAUGGACGACUCAACAGUAGAUGAUGGAGUGGCGACCGCGUUGGAAGUAGCGGCUAUGGAAGGCUAUGUUACUCAGAUUCGUAAGUUGGUCCAGGCAGGUGCCCAUUUGGUACAACCAAGAGACGAUACUGCAUUCAAGACUGCACUUCAGUGUGCGGCAUACCACGGAGAACACGAAGCAGUAGCUACCCUACUUGAGUUGGGCAGUGACGUGCAUGUAGUUGGGGGAACGUUUGGCUCUGCUCUUCAAGCUGCUGUGUGCUCGGAUAACAUAGAAUGCGUUACCCUCCUACUCGACGCGGGCGCAAAAAUCAACGAAAACAAUAUCGGAAAGCACGGUUCAGCGUUAAUAGCUGCCUGCAUUGAGCAGGAGAAAGAAGAUGUGUUUAAUAUCCUUAUGGAACGCGGAGCAGAUCCCAACACCGAUGCAGGCGGGAAGUUCCCUUACGCCAUAAUUGCCAUGGCUUACUCUGGAGAUCUCGAGGGUGUAAAGGCACUUCUAAGAGCAGGAGCAGAUGUCAAAAAGUAUGGAGGAAUGUACCAUUCUGCAAUCCAAGCCUCAGCAGAAAACGGCGGUUGGGAAAUCGCUGAGAUACUCCUUGAAGCCGGUGCUGACAUCAAUGCCUGCGGGGGUUUCUACGGUACCGUCCUGGAGAGCGCCUAUCGAGACGGGUACUUUCAGCUCAUCUGGAAACUCUACCACUGGGGAGCUUCGAACACCAUUAAUGGCGGUAUAUGGGGAUCUGUACUUGGAGCUGCGAUUGGCGGAUCUUGCCAUACCCUUGUACAUCAACUCGUGGAAUCACAUAAUGUUAACGUGAAUCAGACUUGCGGAAAAUGGGGCUCGCCUCUUCAUUUUGUUAUCUUGCACCGGAAUGAUGAUGAAGAGGAAUUGGUUGAUGUCUUCUUGAGCGCCAAUGCGGACGUUAAUGCCGUCGGUGGAUGCUAUUCUACGCCACUUGGAGCGGCUGUUGCGGUAGGCAAAGAAAGUGUAUACAGAAAGUUGCUAGAUAAGGGCGCGGACCCCAAUCUUAUGGAUGGCAAGUCGGGUCGCGGCCCUCUGUUUCUUGCGUGCCGAGAACAGAAGUACGACUAUGUCAAGCAGUUGAUUGAGAGGGGCGCUGAUGUUAAUGCUUGCACAAAACGAGGGUCUGUCCUACAAAGUGCUGCUUUCAGUAUGGAUAGGACGGAAGGCGGUCUCAAAAUAAUCCAGUACCUCAUCUCCUGCGGCGCAGAACUUAACGCCGUCACUGAAGGACCGCACGGAACAGCUUUGAAUGCAGCAGCAAAGAACGGCGAUUUCAGGACAAUAAAAUGGAUGCUUAAGCAUGGCGCAGACCUCAAUAUAAUAGGCGGACCGUUUGGAUCUGCACUUCAAGCAGCUGCUUUCCAUGCUCCGACCGAAUGCAUUAGGUUUCUUCUGAAAUCUGGAGCGGACGUUAACCAAAUCGGUGGAAAAUACAGAACUGCGUUGCAAGCUGCUUGCGCUGCUGGUAAUGCUAAAACAGCAAAGUUACUGCUUAAACAUGGCGCAGACCCGAACAUCCAGGGAGGAAAAUAUGGCACGGCACUUCAAGCUGCUUGUGCUGCGAGAAAUACAUGGCUGGUACAGUUGCUGCUCUCCCGCGGUGCUGACCCGAAGAUUGCGGGAGGUCGGUAUGCGAAUGCAUUUACUGCUGCCGUGAUGAUGAAUGACAACGAAGUAGUCAAGGCUUUGCUGGCCGAACCAGGAAUAGGUAAGGACAUGUUGGGUGAGAGGAAGGCGCAUUAUAAAGACCACCUAUGGAAGGGCUGUGAGGAGUUCAUCAAUACCGUGCUAGAGGAUGAGGAACCCCUUGAGGAGUUUGAUGAGUCUUUCGUCGAGUUGUCAGAUGAAAGUGAGUAUGAGGACACGGAUGGUGAUCUAGAAGGCGAGGCGGGGAAGGAAGAUGAGAAUGACGACUGGGAGACUGAUGGCGAGGAGGCUCGCGAAUCAGAUGUCGAGGAAGAAGAUGACGGCGAGACGGCAUUGAGUUGGCUGAAGGUUGAUUGUGGACCGGGAGGCGACUUUGAUGCUGAAGAGUAA